CUAUGCUGUUUGUGGCAACGAGACUUCAACUAUGCUACGUCAAACAAUGAGCGAGAUUAGGUUGGCGAGAGUGACGGCCGGACGAGUUCGUAUUGGGUCUGAACAAUGUAAGCGUGAAUAUCGCCGGCUCGUGCCUUCACAAAAUAGAACCAACGAUAUAGAAAGGAUUCUCGCAUGAGCCGGACACGGAAUGGAUCACAACUGCAACUCAAUGGCUCCCACCCCUCCCCCUCGGACUCCCCCUCGGGACAACCUACACGCCCUGGACAACAUCCUCGACUACGUUGAGCAAAAGCGCGACGAGAACCGCCAGGCACAGCGUCAGGCACACAAUCGUACAUGGAACGACUUCGAGCAGAACGAGCAGCCCCUUAUCCGUCCCAAUGACCUCUUCCCAGACAUCGACGAGGCCAGGAAAGCCAUUCUCAAUCGCAGCCUGUAUCGCUUCUUGACAGCCUGGAUAUCCGAGACCAUCCAGCUCUUUCCCGGGCAGCCUUGGAACUUGGACUCGCACGUGUUCUGGACCCAGCAGGUUCGGAUGGAGCUGGAGCUCCGGCUCUGGCGUACUAACUUCUUGGGACGGGACCCGGUGGAAGAUGAGCUGGACUUCCUCGUCCUAAACGCUAUGGACUUCGUCUGGCCUCGUGUGCAGAAGUUCUUUGCAGAGCAGCCAUUCUUAAAGCGUCUUAAGACGGGGCGUAAAAUGGAGACUGCCGAGGAGAAGAUUCAAAGGACGGAAGGUUGGAAGUCUCGGAGUGAGCCGAAAAUGUCCAAGUUGCGCUAUGUUUUCUUACGCCAGGAGAUCGAGAAUGAUGCGGAUUUGCAAGCCGAGGCUCGUGCCCUAGUGGAGGCGAUGGAUACGGAGAUCAAGGAGGAAUCUGAAUCCGAUUAUCAAGGGGAUGGUGACGACUCGGACGUUGGGGUAGUGGAUGAAGAUGAUGACGCUGACUUCGAGAUGAAAGAGGAAUCCUCGGACAGCGACCGCGACGUCUACAUCAAGGAAGAGCCAGAUGAUAGGGGUUCAAUGUCUGCAUCCUCCUUCGUCUGCAUGUAAUUGAGAAUGGGAAUGGAAAUUCAAAAUUCAAAAUCUAGAAAUGGGAUAAAACGACAAUUAACAAUCGUGACGCGUCAACCAAGCUGUAAAUUAGAAGUGACGAGAUCUUAACCCCGACUGGCGGUGUGUAACUCUGGUUUGAGAGUCUGAAAUUCUCCUCGGCGCAGCGCAGCUACAAGGUAGCAUAGCGAUGUGU